AUGAGUACGCGGUCGGUGCUGAGCGUGUUCGAGAAAUACCAGAAGGAGCGGGUGGCCUUCGUGACGGCGGUGGCGGAGAUGGCGACGCGCCCGCAGAACAUCGAGGCUUUACAGCAGGCGGGCGUGAUGGCGCUGCUGCGCCCGCUGCUGCUGGACAACGUCCCGAGCAUCCAGCAGAGUGCAGCGCUCGCUCUCGGGCGCCUCGCGAACUACUCGGACGACCUCGCGGAGGCGGUCGUGCAGAAUGAGAUCCUCCCGCAGCUGGUGUACUCUCUGUCGGAACAGAACCGGUUCUACAAGAAAGCGGCGGCCUUCUGCCUGCGUGCCGUGGCCAAGCACUCGCCCGCGCUCGCGCAGGCCGUCAUCGACAGCGGCGCGCUCGACGCCCUGGUCACGUGCCUAGAGGAGUUCGACCCCGGCGUCAAGGAAGCCGCCGCCUGGUCCCUCGGCUACAUCGCCGGCCACACUGCGGACCUGGCGCAACAGGUGGUGGAUGCCGGCGCGGUGCCGCUGCUGGUGCUGUGCGUGCAGGAGCCGGAGCUGUCGCUGAAGCGGAUUUCUGCGUCCGCCCUGAGCGACAUCGCGAAGCACACGCCGGAGCUCGCGCAGGCGGUCGUGGACGCCGGCGCCGUGGCGUACCUCGCGCCGCUCGUGGUGUCGCAGGACGCCAAGCUCAAGCGGCAGGUGUGCUGCGCGCUCGCGCAGAUCGCGAAGCACUCGGUGGACCUGGCCGAGGUGGUCGUCGAGGCCGAGGUCUUCCCCAAGAUCCUCACCUGCCUGCGCUUCCCGGACGACCUGGUCCGCAAGCACGCGGCCACCACGGUGCGCGAGGUGGCCAAGCACACGCCCGAGCUGGCGCAGCUCAUCGUCGGCAACGGCGGCGUCGCCGCGCUCGUCGACUACAUCGGGGACAGCCAGGGCAGCAGCCGCCUCCCCGGCAUCAUGGCCCUCGGGUACAUCGCGGCCUUCAGCGAGACGCUGGCGCUGUCGGUCGUGGCGGAGAAGGGCCUCCCGCCGCUCGUGGCGGCGCUCAACGACGAGCAGGAGGACUACAUGAAGUCCGCGACCGCGUGGUCGCUCGGACAGGUCGGCCGGCACACCCCGGACCACGCGAAGGCCGUGGCGGACACGGGCGUGCUGCCGACGCUGGUUGCGCUGGAGGCGGACCAGCACAGCAGCGAGGACCUGAAGACCAAGUGCAAGCGCGCACUCAAGGCGGUGGUGGCCAAGCUGACGCACCUGCCGGCGCUGGACGCGCUGGUGCACCGCUCGUUGCCGGAGUCGAUCAUGAAGAUGGUGCUGGAGCAGGUCGGGAAGGUGCUCUCGGCGGACCCUGCGUCGCGGUCGGCCUUUGUUCACUCGGGCGGGCUCGCGGCCGUGCAGCAGAUGGCCGAGGCGCCCGGGAGCAACCUCAAGGAGGCCGUGGACAUCAUCAACUCGAACUACCCGGAGGAGAUCGUCAAGUAUUACUCCCCGGGGUACAGCCAGCAGCUCCUGUCCAAGCUCGAGCAGACAGCGCAGGCGGCCUAG